GCUGCCGUCGUCACGCUCAGUUCGCGCGAGACGGCCGAGAAGACGAGCGAGAGAAAUCCAAGAAAAACAAAAACAAAACAUUAAAACAAAAACAAGACGACARUUACCUCCCGAAUAAAGCACCGCCACGGCCCCGCAGGCGCGCCCGGCGUUCUCCCGACCGCCUCGAAGGAUGACACGGAAGCGAAAAGGCUAUGAGUUCCUGUGAGCAUGGAGAGAUCUCAGAAGAAGCGAUGCUUGAAAAAGAACACAUGCAGGCCUGGGACGUUAAGGAGGAGGAGGAGGAGGGAGAUCUUGCUAUUUGUGAGUYGUCUCGAAGACAUGAAGGAGGAUCUCCUGGGGUCACAGAGGUCAAUAAAAGGUCUGCAGAGACCGGCUCGGAUCCACGUCAGUCGGCCAGGAGCAAGAGAGCUCGAGUUUGUAGUGAGAUGAGGCACUUGUUGAGGGAUAAAGGCAGCAGACAGGAGCCUCUUUGCCCCACCACAGUUGGGGAAAAGGGAGACCCCCUUCAGGAGAAAUCCAGGUCUUCCUACAGAAAGCCUCUUUUCAGCAUCUCCCACAGGAUUGCAGAGAAAAGGAAUCCUCCGAGCCUGGAGCAGCAGGUCAAUCACAACAGCUUCAACAGCCUCCUUUCACCGAGGCUYCAGAGUCCGGACCAGAACGGUUCCCUGGAGACUCUCGCCGCCACCGACGCCUCGGGCCAAACGUCGACAACAGACUCCAACCUUUACCCCCUGAUCGAGAAGAUGUUUUUCAUCCUGAACACGCUGAACUCCAGCGUGACUCAGCUGCACAGCAAAGUGGACUCGUUAACCCUGGAAGUCAUGCGGAUCAAGAAGCAGAUCAAACCGGCCGAGAGGGCGGCSGAGUUCCAUCCUCCCCCCGAGUACCUGCUGACCCACGACGAGCUGAGUCAGCUGACGGAGCACACGUCCAGCGCCGGCGAGCUGGGCUGCCGGCUGCUCGUGCACCUCUUCCCCGAGCUCUUCAAAGCCGGGGAGUGCUGCCGCGACUGCCCGGCGAGCAGGAGGACUCUGGAGCCUCUGCACCUGCAGCUGAUCCGGAACUACGUGGAGGUCUGCUACCCGUCUGCGAGAAGCAACGGCGUGUGGCAGGACGAGUGCCUCCUCCAGAUCAGCGACUUCUUCAACCGCUUCUGGACGCAGCGGGACGUGGAGAGCGCUCGGCCGAUGAAGAUGCCGCCGGACGCCGCCGUGAAGACGGAGCGUCCUCAGACGUUUUGUUUCAUCGACGAGCGGGGUCAGGAGGAGCAAAUCCCUGUGGGGAACCAGCAGAGCAGCCUGGCGGGGUCAGACACCGCCUUCCACUCUGCAGAGGAGCUGGAUGAGUUCUCCUCGCCCGAGGACUUUGUGGUUUUCCUCACACACCGCCUCCUCCCCGAGGUUUUCGAGGAAGGGAGACAUCCAGACGGCUCCAGCGUUCUGGAUWCGGACAAGAUGGAAAUCAUCCGGCGGUACAUGGAGGCGAACUUUCCCGACGUGCCUGAGGACAGCUGGCUCCAGGUGUGCRUCCAGCACCUGGAGGACGCCCUGGAGAGUCCGCGCAGCAACGGGAGCGAGUCCGACAACGUGAACGGCGAGAGCUACGACCCGGGCCUCCCCGAAGACGUUUCCGUCCGGCUGCCAGGAGCGRGCGAGUCCGAGAGACCCAACCGCAAGUCCAAGAAAUCGCUCCUAGCACCCGUGGAUUUCGAAAACCUGGAGAUUCCUCCGCCGGACUUCGCCGUUCCCCGGGAGUACAUUUUGUCCAGAGAGCAGCUGAGGAGCAACUACGAGUGCAGCUUGUCCAUCGGCAACUUCGCCUCCCGCCUGCUGGUGCUCACGUUCCCCGAACUCUUCACCCACGAGAACGCCAGGAAGAAGUACAACUGCAGCGGCUCCCUCGGGAAGAAGCAGCUGGACCCCGUCCGCGUGAACCUUAUCCGCCACUACGUGCAGCUGGUCUACCCGCAGGCCAGGAACGACCGAGUCUGGAUGCUGGAGUUCGUGGGGAAGCUKGACGAGCGGUGCCGGAGACGCGACACGGAGCAGAGGAGGUCCUACAUGCAGCAGCGUAAGGUCUACGGUCAGGACCCGGAGCAGGACUUCCUCUGCCAGAUCAGCCACUUCCACCCAGACGCCCUGAGAGAAGACCUGGAUCUUCAAACUCUACCUCCGGAGAAGAGCAGCAAAGAUUUCUGUAAGAUCCCCCUGGACAAGCUGACCGUGUCCAGCCCCGGCUUCCAGGUACCGUCCGCCUACCUGCUGUCAGACGCCGAGGUCCGGGAGAUCRUCCAGCAGAGCCUCUCGGUGGGGAACUUCGCCGCCCGCCUGCUGGUGCGCCUCUUCCCGGAGCUGUUCACCUCCGAGAACCUGCGGCUGCAGUACAACCACUCGGGCGCCUGCAACAAGAAGCAGCUGGACCCGGUGCGGCUGCGGCUCAUCCGGCACUACGUGGAGGCCGUGUACCCCGUGGACAAGAUGGAGGAGGUGUGGCACUACGAGUGCGUGCCGAGCAUCGAUGAGCGCUGCCGGCGGCCCAACCGGAAGAAGUGCGACAUCCUCAAGAAAGCCAAGAGGUCGAACACCGUCUCCUAGUGUCCCUCGUCACUUCCUGUUCGUAACAUUUCUCAGUAUAUAAGCUGAAAUCACCUGAACUUUGAUUAAAAAAGUAUAAAAAUAUGUCCGACGUAGGAUGAAGCCAAGCUGUUACUUUAACGUUCGCCCGCAGCUGUUCAAGCUCAUGUAGUUGGAUUUUAUUCUGCUCGUAUUUAAAACGACGUUAUUUGUAGCCUUAAAAACAAUAACUACUAUAGUUGAUAAAACUGUAAAGUCGCGCAGUUCCUCCGCUAACGGCGCGUCGCAUUCUCACAGGCAGGUCGACGAGAACAUUUCUCACGUUUUGCUUUUAUACACGACGAGUUUGAAACACAUCAACACGUGUGGUUUAGGUGGAGAGUGAACUGUUGUUUUAAACCGUUUUUAGCCAUUAAUGUGUCAAAACGUUCAGCUCAUUCAGGAGAUAAGUGCCGUGACUUUGAGCUUUUUGUAACUUUUAUACUUUUCAAAAUGUUAAACUUUAUUUGCAAAUUAUUUAUAGAAAAAUGUUGAUCUUUUGAGUUUCAAUAGCAGCUUUCUGAAAUCUGCUUGCUCCUUUUUUGCCUUCUUUUAGCUACAUUAAAUUUGUAGUUAGCGUUCUACCUUUAGCUUUUGUUCUGUUAAUUUUAACUUCUAGAUAUCUGCUAUUUUUAGCUAUGAUUCCCUUAAUUUUAGCUAGCUACUUCUUAGCUGUUACCAACCAUUUGGCUACUUUUAGCUAGCCUUUCAGGGCUACAGAAGCUUUGUGUUCUGGUAAUCGUGAGGCCACAGGUUCAAGCCCAGAUCCGGUUUCCUGCCUCAAACAUGCGCGGUAGAUUAAUCGAUAACUCUAAAUUCUCCGUAGGUGUGAUUGACAGUGAAUGUUUAUCUUUUGUGUCUUUGUGUUGGACUGGAGACACGUCCAGGUGGCCCCCACCAGUGGAGUAACCGCUGCAGACRGGCACCAGUUGCUCCAGACCCAGAAAAGAAAAUGGAUGUUUUUCACCUGUUGUUGCUUUUAGCUCGUGUGUUGCUACGUUUAGCAAUUUGCCUCGUCAGCUUUUAGCUUGUUCUCCUAAUUUAAAGUGCCUGUGACACGCAUAUCCUUCAAAUACAAAAUGUCAAAGAAAACACCUUUAUUUAUUUUUUUUAAUAGUCCAUUUUGUUGCAUAACUGUCAUUCUUUCUUUUGAGCUUGGCUCGGCCAAAGUGAAACAGGAAGUGACAUCAAAGGGGAACUCUUCAAGAAAAACUCUCUGGACUUUGUUUUUUGGUAUUUGAACUCUGACUUGUCUUCAUCUCUGAUAUUGACUCAAAAUAAUCUAAAUAUUCAGAUUCUUCUUUAGUCUGUGUUCACUUUCACAUCACUUCCUGUUAUUUCACAAAAAAAUAUCACCUGUUCAUUUC